UCUUGCAGCCAUCAAAAGUUAAACUAUCCCCGGUGGAGAAAGAUCUCAAUUGAUCGUAGCCGGAUGUUGUGGUGGCGUCACAAGCUUGGCUGUGCUUCACGUCCUGUCAAGAGGAGGAGCAGGAAAAAAUGAGAGAGCAGGAAGGUGUCGCCAACUGAUGGCAGCAUUUUAACAAAGGAGAAACGAACGUUGUCCGACACCUGCUGUCGUCUUGACAUUUCAUCGAUUGGUUCAUGUGUCAUUCGAUAUGAUCCCUUCCUCUACCGAGAGAUGCUGACCUCAUCUUGACCGUGACGAGGGAGCAACAGGCCAGCGCCAUAACAAUCUGAACCUUCGAUGGCUGCAAGAAACCAGAAACUGGCAGAAUCCUUGGAUGACUCCAUAGAGUCCAAAAGAAUGGACCUCCGAGCCAAUGAGAAAAAGUGCUCUUGGGCCUCCUACAUGACCAAUUCUCCAACAAUGAUUGUGAUGAUUGGGUUGCCCGCUCGUGGAAAAACCUACAUGUCCAAGAAGCUGACACGCUACCUCAACUGGAUUGGCGUACCGACAAAGGUAUUCAACCUCGGCGUUUAUAGGAGAGAAGCUGUGAAGUCGUACAAGUCGUAUGACUUUUUCAGACAUGACAACGAAGAAGCCAUGAAAAUUAGAAAACAGUGCGCUCUGGUGGCACUGCAGGAUGUCAAGGUCUAUCUGAAUGAGGAAGGAGGGCAGAUCGCUGUUUUUGAUGCUACCAACACCACCAGAGAGAGGCGGGAGCUCAUUCUUAAUUUUGCAAAGAAGAAUGCAUACAAGGUGUUUUUUGUUGAAUCAAUAUGCGAUGAUCCUGAUGUUAUUGCAACAAACAUCCUGGACGUAAAGGUGUCCAGUCCAGACUAUCCAGAGAGGGACAGGGAAAGUGUCAUGGAGGAUUUUCUCAAGAGAAUAGAGUGUUACAAAGUAACUUACCAGCCUUUGGAUCCAGAUGAACAAGACAAGAACCUGUCCUUCAUCCAGGUUAUCAACGUUGGCCGGCGUUUCCUCGUCAAUAGGGUUCAGGAUUACAUUCAGAGUAAAAUUGUCUACUACCUCAUGAACAUCCACGUCCACUCUCACUCCAUCUACCUCUGCCGGCAUGGAGAGAGCCACCACAAUCAGCAAGGACGCAUCGGCGGAGACUCUGAGCUGUCAGACCGAGGCAAAGAGUUUUCAGCCGCACUGAGGGGUUUUGUAGAAGAACAUCAUCUGUCGGACCUGAAAGUGUGGACCAGUCAGUUAAGGCGCACCAUUCAAACCGCUGAAGAGCUAGGUGUUCCUUACGAGCAGUGGAAGAUCCUCAAUGAGAUUGAUGCUGGAGUGUGUGAAGAGAUGACUUAUAAAAUGAUUGAAGAAACCUACCCAGAUGAGUAUGCCAUGAGGUACCAGGACAAGUACCACUACCGCUAUCCAGGAGGAGAAUCCUACCAGGACCUGGUCCAGCGACUGGAGCCUGUUAUUAUGGAGCUGGAGCGACAGGGUAACGUGCUGGUUAUCUGUCAUCAGGCUGUAAUGCGCUGCUUGCUCGCCUACUUUCUGGACAAGAGUGCAGACGAUCUUCCAUACUUGAAGUGUCCCCUCCACACUGUGCUCAAACUCACCCCCGUGGCUUAUGGGUGUAAAGUGGAUAUGUUUGACCUGAAGGUGGAGGCUGUCAACACUCACAGGGACAGACCAUUAAAUAAAGAGCGAGGAGAGGUUCCACCAGCUUUCUAUCGGAGGAACAGCUUCACACCGCUGUCCAGCCAUGACCAGAUCAAGCGGCCUCGCCUUUACAGCAUGGGCAACCCUCCGCAGCCUCGUGUGUCCCAUGCUCCAGCUUUAUCCAGCAUGCAAUUUUCGGAGUCAUUUGAAGGUGUGGAUCUGCAAGAAAGUGAGGACUCCCUGAACGGCUUCAGUGCUGCAGACUCGGGCGACUGUACAGGCUGUUCUGGAAAAGGUGCUUCCAUUUAGUCUCAGGCGACACCGCUGACCAAAUACAUAAUAUGCCCCAACUUUUCUUCAUAUAUGCACUUCUGUUUGCAAAGAUCCCGCAUUUUAAUCCUCCUUAGCACUUACACACCGUUAGCAUUUGUUGUUUAUUCCAAACAACUUUGCGCCUAAUGAGUCCAAAUCACUGUACCGUCAUAAGAAAAACACUCCAUCCAUGAAUUGUUAGCAAUUUAUACUGUAGUUUAUGGUGCAUUAGACUUAUGCACGACACAUAGAGUGUCAAUGUGUAGUUGUCUUCAUUAGCUCGUAUCCAGUUUAUGUGCCUCCUUAUGUUCUUGUCUGUGGUGGGCAGGCACAAGAGAAACCUCUACAUUUGCACAUUUGUGUAGUUGUGGCUUGGCAAAAAAAAAAGUGUACAAUGUCAACACUUGUGCAAAAAUGUGUCUCUUAAUAGGUUUUAAGUCUUACUAAGUCAUGUGCUACUUAUAGUUAUUUCUUCUAUAUGAGGAGAAAUAGGUUUGCCUUCGACGGUGACUGCUUUUUGUUACCCUCGCAUUGACUUUACAAAGCUUACUGUGCGUUUAACUGUGUCUUAAAGCUCCAGUGUACUUUUGUUGGUGAGUUUUGAAUGAAACCCAAACCAAGGGGAGCCAGGAUGGUUGGGAUCAAAGGUCAAAUGUCCUUGUCUGAUCAUGAGUGAUCUAUAUUAGUUCAAACCUACAAAUAUUUGAAAGCACUCUUACCAAGGUGUCAGAGGUCAUAUAAAAAUGCUCUUUUUUACUGCCGCCCCCCCCUUGCUCAGAUAGGACACUGUGUCUUACGUGGUCACCAGUUUUCAAGAAUGUUUUCCUUUUAUAAAGACUAUACAAUCAAUCAUGCUGUAUGUUAGCACAGUGCUACAAGGUGCAUUUCAAAUUAUUUCAACAUAAUGAAAUAUAAGCUGCUGAGCUGUUUAGAUUUAGUUUUUAUGUAUUGUGUAUUUAUUAGGUAGCAUCAGGGUCAAAUCUAUAUUCAUUAGAUUUAUUCAUUAGAUUUAUUUUAAGAUAAGCAGUACCACAUUUAAAUUGUAAAUGUGCCAUUUUUAAUUAUUGUCAUAAUGUGAUCCAACACAUUGAUUCGCAUGUAGGCUACACAGUCAGGAGAUCGGGAAAUCCUGCGUUCGAUUCACCGCUUGGGCAUCUGUGUGGAGUUUAUGUUCUUUGUGUACGUGUUUUUUUUUUUCUCCUGGUACUCCGGUUUCCUCUCCCAUCCCCAAAACAUGCAUGUUAGGUUAAUUGGCGACUCCAAAUUGUCCAUAAUUGAAGAAGUGUGUGAUGAAGUUCCACUGUGCUUCUAUCUGCCGUCAAAACAGAGAAGUGCGCAUGUGUCAAUUACACACAUUAAAUAAAUUAGUUACCGUCGUUAAUGCGUUAUUUUUGACAGCCCUAGAAAUACACUGGUAUUACUCAAUGUAGUAGAUGUAAUCAGAGAAAAUAAUUGAACACCUAAAUAAUAUUCACGCUUGUUAAAUAAGAAUAGUGUGACUAACAUAAGGCCAUAUUCAACCACAUAACAGCAUGAGGUAUUAAUUGAUACUGUUAGCCUUUUAUUAGCGCUGAUUUAAAUCCAAUUGGCCAACUGUGGAAAUAACUUAAACAUGAGGUCUCAUUAGAAGUUACAGGAAGUGCUUCUGAACAAAAUAUUAGGUUCAGGGUGUCAUUUUUUUUGUCCAAGUCUAUUUCAUUAGCAAUGUCAGUACAUUUUUCUUGAUUUACUAGUUUCCAUUUAUUUCAGUGCUACUUGUGUUUUUUUUUUCCAUCUUUGGUGUAUGGGUACCAAGAAUUCCGCCCGUAUGUGGGAAGCAGGGCGUGUGCUGUUGUUGCCAAGCGUUUAGUCAUCCACAGUUGUCAUGUUGCUAUUUGAGAACCACAUUGGAAAUGAUUUCACUGCAGAAUACUUGAUUGUAUAUAUUCACGAUUGCAUUUAUUUAAAAGGUCAAAAGACUGAAAUGCAUUUUAAAUUUCCUUAUGAGCUUAACUUUGUAGUAAUAGGUUAAAAAAACACAAAUGAGUAAAAAUGUUAUAAUUUUAAUGCUUUAAUGUCAACAACCGUCCAAAUAAAUCUCUAAUUCACGA